UUCCGUAUGUGAAUCCCCCUCUUCCACAGAACCCACACAAAGCCCCUCUCUCCCCCUUUGGAAUUUUAGGGUUUCAUUUUUUUUGACACACAGUGAUAAUCAAAACAGGAUUUUUCGUGUUCUUGAUCACUUAUCGUCUCUGAUAAUCACAAUUUACCUUCAAAAGUUGGGUUCUUGUUUACAAAUUCAGUGUUGAACCCUUAUUUUGCCUGCCGAUUGAUCGUUCAAUGCCUGUAUACAGUUUCGUUAUUAGGUUGUUAGAAAACCCUAGGGAGUUCGAAGCCGCUUACUUAGCGGCGGGCGAUUCUGCAGCCGUUACAGUGGAAGAUUAGUCGAUUAGUUUAUUGUUCUUGAUUUCGUAACAUCGUAUGGUUUUUAUUUGAUUUAUUGGGAAAGUAGGUUUCUUUUCUCGUGUUUGUAUGGCGCCGAGUCGGAGAAAAGGUGCCAGUAAAGCCGCCGCAGCCGCCGCUGCCUGUCGGCAGUGGAAGGUCGGCGAUCUUGUUCUUGCCAAGGUGAAAGGGUUCCCUGCUUGGCCUGCUACGGUUAGUGAGCCGGAGAAGUGGGGGUAUUCUACUGAUUGGAAGAAAGUUCUAGUCUUCUUCUUUGGAACCCAACAAAUAGCAUUCUGCAAUCCAGCCGAUGUUGAAGCUUUUACUGAAGAGAAGAAAGACUCUCUAUUAAGCAAACGUCAUGGUAAAGGUGCUGAUUUUGUUCGUGCUGUAAGAGAGAUAAUCGAUAGCUAUGAGGAGCUCAAAAAACAGGUCCAAGUUGAUGAUGUUAAUACAACCGUUCCAACAAAUGGUGUCAAAUCAGAAGAAUGUGUUGCUAAUUCUAAGAAUGAGGCUCUCACACCUACCAUUGAUUCAAACACAAGAGUAGCAGAUUCUUCAAAACCUAAUGGCACUACGUGUGAGGGUGAUGCUGCUACUGUUCAUCACACAGAGGUCAAAGUGUCUGAGGCUAUUGGUAAUUCGGAGGCCACAAAAGCACCUGUGCCCACCACAUACUCGAGAAAGAAAUAUUCUGGUACUCAGACCUCAGGGAUCCAUGGAAGGGUGCCAUCUGCACGGAGAUCUGCAAGAACAGAUGCUUGCAGAUUUCCAAACCUCACAGAAGAUGUGGUGAUGAGUAAUGGUAAUUUAUCCAGCAUACCACAAAGGAGGACGAAAAGGGUGAGGACAUCACCUGGUUCACCGGAUAAAGAUUUACCUCUUGUAUCAAAUGCAAGCCCCGAAGAAAAUGGUUCUGAAAUUGUCACUGCUGAUUCUGACACCAAGAGUUUUAACGAGGGAAACUGUGUACAGUCUGGUUAUAAGCUUACGGAACAGGAGGAUCAUGUCAUGGAAGACGUGCAGUUGAGUCAGACGCUUGAAUUCCAGACUAAUUCUGUCAUUGUCAAGAAGAAAAGAAAGCCCAGUAGAAAACGGGUCAUCACCGUUACAACCGAGUUUCCUGAUAGAUUUGACAAGCAAUCGGGCUCUGCCAUUGAGGCUCUUAACAUUGAUUCUGAAAAAUCUGCUGUGAAGUAUUCCAAGGAAGAUGGUGAUGAACAUUUGCCUCUAGUGAAAAGGGCAAGGGUCCGUAUGGGUCGAACAUUAUCUAAUACAGAAGAGGUUGAAACUGCAAUCAAAAUAGAUAAACUUUCAGAACCUGCAAAUAACUGUGUGGUUUCAAGUGAUGCCGAAGAUAUGUCUGCAGAGGGGAACUCUUCGGGUGGUAGGGAAGAAGUAGAGCAAUCUUUUGCAUUGAAUAAUUGUAGUGUUAGCAAUAGCAAUAGCAAUAGCAAGCCUCCACUAUGGGAAGCUAACAAGAAUAAGCAUUUUGGUUGCCUGGCUGAUGGUGAAGCUGCUUUACCUCCUUCUAAGCGACUUCAUCGUGCUCUUGAAGCUAUGUCUGCUAAUGUUGCUGAAGAUGAGCAAGUUUCUAAUGGAGGACCUUCUACCAUGAAAACCAUUAUUAAUGGAUCUCUUUCACCAAGAGACUGCUCGAAAGAAACAGAUGAGUGUGAAGUAGAAAAGGAGAAACCUCUCAGCAAUGGUGAUUCUCAGGCUUGUACCAAUUUAGCUCCAGAAGUUGAACAGAAUAAGUCGAUUGAUGAGGUCAACAACACCUGUAGUCAACCUUCUAGCCCAGCAAAUGGGAUUUUGAAAGACGAAAAGCCAGUGGAAAUUGCUGAUUGUAAAGAUUCUGUCGUGUUGACUUCUUGUACUGAAACCGUUGAAUCAACUGAUGUCGUGAAAAGCCCAGAACCUUUGUCAGAUGCUAUUGAGAAGAGAGAAUCUGUUUCUGAAUGCAAUGAUACCCUUGUUGAGUCUAAAAAUGAAUGUGAGAUGGUAACUUUGGAGAUGACUGAACCUAGCAAGAAAGACCCAUCAGAUGUUUCUGGGGUGAGUUCAGAUCCUCUAUUAUCAAGCAAUCUCGAAAACGGGAUGGUUUCACAUGUUAAUUUGGUGCUGCCUGUGUCUCCCCAGAAAAGCUGCAAUAUGGUAGAACAAGAACAUCCAUUUGAAGAAGAUGACAAUGCAAUACUGGAAGAUGGGGAAGGAGUUAAAGAAUCAAACAUGGAAGUAGAUGAAUCUCCAUCUUUGACCACCGAGAAAGAAGCUUUGAAGACAGUUGACCAGACGGGUCCCGCACUCGAACUCUCCCAUUCAAACUCUGUUAACAAUGAAGAUAGCUUGAGCGAUAAAAACGUGUCAGGUACCCUGACAUCUUCUCCUCCUCAUCCGAAUGAUGAUGCGUUUGACUCAACUGCACGAGCCUCUCCACCCAAUACUACUACUACUACUUCAAUUUGCAACAACAUAUCCACUUCAGAUAAUAGUAAUUUCCUUGAAAACAGUGGCUGUUCUAGUCCUGCAGCUGUGCAUUUAUACAAUGAUAAACAACAAAAGCAAACCGGCAAAUGGAGCACUAUGUCAGAAGCAAAUGCUGCUCUCACUUCCUUUGAAGCCAGUAUUGGGGCACUAACACGGACAAAGAAAAGCAUUGACCGAGCCACACGCAUUGCUAUCGACUGUGCAAAAUUCGGCAUAGCUGUCAAGGUGGUGGAGACUAUUGCACGCAGUUUGGAAGCUGAACCAAGUUUACACAAAAGGGUGGACUUGUUCUUCCUUGUGGACUCUAUUGCACAAUGUUCUCGAGGGCUUAGAGGUGAUGUGGGUGGUCUGUAUCCUUCUGCGAUUCAAGCAGUGUUACCACGGUUGUUGUUGGCUGCUGCUCCUCCAGGGAAUAGUGCUCUUGAAAACCGUAGGCAAUGCUUAAAGGUUCUGAAGCUGUGGCAAGAAAGAAAGAUUCUUCCAGAACCGAUGAUCCGUCACCAUAUUCGUGAGCUUGAUUCCCUCAACAACAUGUCUUCUAGGAUCAGUAAUUCUUCUCGCAGGCCCUUUAGGAAUGAAAGGGCGUUUGAUGACCCAAUUAGGGAAGUUGAGGGUAUGCUUGUAGAUGAGUACGGAAGUAAUUCGAGCAUACAGCUAUCUGGUUUUGAUAUCCCAACAAUGCUGAAAGAUGAAAAAGAAGGAAGCGAUUCAGAUGGGGAGGGUUUUGAGGCUGUUACUCCUGAACAUAACCAUGAAACAUCUGAAGAGCAUGAUGGGGUGGGGGUCACAGAUAAGCAUACCCAUGUGUUGGAGGAUGUUGAUGGCGAGCUUGAAAUGGAGGAUGUGGCCCCUUCUCGUGAGUCUGACAUAACUGCCCCUACUGCUAAUAAUAUCACCUUUCAGGAACCAUCCCUUCCACAUCAUCAACUUACACCGCAUUUGCCCUUGUUUGCUCCUCCACUCCCCAGAGACUUGCCUCCAUCAUCUCCACCUCUGCCAAAUUCUCCUCCUCCACCCCCUCCAGCCUCCCUUCCGCCACCUCCACCGCCUCCACCACCCACCCUUCCUCUGCCGCCACCGCCUCCUCCUCCUCCUCCUCUAGCCACUUUACCUCCGCCUCCCCCUCCUCCAGCCACCCUUCCUCCUCCUCCCCCUCCUCCAUUGCCGGACGUUUAUGUAGCUAAUCAGGUGAGUUUGAAACUUGUUUUUUACAAAUUGCUUUGUACUUUAGUUAGGUAUUUGACACAUGUAAUGCAGAAUGGUAAUGAUGAUCCACAACAGUCUGCUCAGCCAGUUCAUUAUCAUCCUCCUGAAGGCAGAAUGGAUAUGCAACCACCAGAGUCGUCUAAUUCUUCUUUCAGCAAUUUACCUGUCCAAGCCACCAAUAAUAAUGUGCAUCUGAGGCCACCUCACCCUGCUCCGUCAUCACAGUUCUCAUAUUUCCAAUCAGAUCAGUCGAUUCCACCUCCUUCCUACCCUGGCAGGUUUCAUUUUGUCAAUGGUACAGAUACUGGUAACUUUCAUAGCGAUCAUGACAGAAUGCAGCAUGUGCAUGAUGACAGCUGGAGGUUUCCACCCCCUCCAUUCUCUGGUCCAUGUCAUCCUGAUGGGCCUAGAGGAGUACAUUAUCCCCCAAAUAUGUAUGCAGGUCCACCUUGCGAUCCACCAAUGUCCAACACCUGGCAUUAUCCUGUCCGACCUGCAAAUCAUAGACCAUACCCUGAAGCACCAGUUCCCAUGGCAACUAGAGGUCCUAACUUUUGGAGACCUCGAUGACCCUUGUCAAAUACUCUCAUUAGAACUCCUUUUAACCUACAAGAGGCCAAAUUUUCAUUUGAAUGACAGUUGUACAACAAUCAUCAAGCAAGACCCUAUUGCUGAUUAAACAAUGCACAGAACAUUUCCAUUCUAAAAGAAGAAGAUGCAUAAUGCAAGAGUGUACAUGAACAUAUUUCAAUAUUGAGGAUGGCUCCAAAGCUACUGACAUUUCUUGAUGUCUACAACAUCCUGUCAUCUUUGGAUUUUUUGCUGUUUUGUUCUUUGAGGGCUAUCAAGAUGUUGUGGUUCCAUGUUUAAGCCAAAUGUUGGUGAUGUUUUUUUAAUCGUUGGUUGUUAGUUAUUUGGAAUCAGGCUAAAGUUAGAACUUGGUCUUGGGUGUACAUUAUGGAGAUGUCUUGGGUUCAAAUUUGAAAUAUAAUUGUUGCUUCUUUUCA